AUGUCACCUUCACUGCCGCCGACCACCCUGUCUCCAUGGGCAUCGCUGCCAGAAGAUAUGAUUCGUCUUGUGGCGGGCCGCCUGCUGGCCGGCGACCUGACGGACUACGUUCGCCUCCGUGCCGUGUGCACCAACUGGCGGUCUUCCACUGUGUCUCCGCGGGGCCGAGGCGUGAUCGACCCACGCUUUCACCCGCGCCGCUGGAUGAUGUUCGCUGAGGGCCAUGGACUUCACCCCGGCCAUGAAAAUCUCGGUGGACACAUCCGGUUCUUCAACCUCGACUCGGGGAUCUUUGUCCGCGUCCGGCUCCCGCUGUUGACGGAUCACUGUGUUCUUGACUCCGUCGAGGGCCUCCUGGUCCUCCAGCGAGACGAGGACACCGCCAUCCGCCUCCUCCACCCUUUCACUGGCGACAUCGUCGAGCUCCCACCGCUCACGUCUCUUGCCAUGCAACUCAAGACCGAUUAUACGGAGGCAACCAAGCUGAAACUAAUGAGACACAUCUCUGCUUCCAUCUCGGUCGCUGACGACGGAGUCGUGAGAGUCAUGGUUAUCUUGAUCCGUAUGAUGCGGGCAGCUGUUGCUACCUCCCAAGAUACGGAGUGGAGUAUGCUGUCAUGGAGAGUUCCAAGUCAUUACCAACCAUUGUCGACAGGAGGCAAGCAAUAUCUCGUGCAUGACACUUUCUUUGAAGAUAUUGAUCCUGAUGUAGCACAGGUUUUUCAGAUGGAGGCGCACCUGCAGGAUACACCAAAGCUGAUUGCCACGAUCCCAAGGGAGAUACUCGCCUAUCCUGUCUAUCUGGUAGAAUGUGACUCGGAGGUCCUAGUGGUCGGGCACAACGACAUGUCCUUCACCCACCUGGCGGUUCACAGGCUGUCGGAUCUUGUUUCAGAACGGUAUGUCCCGGUAAAAGGAAUCGGAGACAAAGUCAUAUUCGUGGGAGGACGGGCAUUGUGUGUCUCUUCCAAGAUACUGCCUCCCACUACAGGCAACGCCGUGAUCUAUCAGCAUCCACGGGAGUUAACAUUUUCUCAAUACUGUCUUGGUAGUAGCACCUGGUGGCUAGCAACCGAUGAAUGCAGCAUGAGCAUGAGCGGCUUGACACAAGGACCAUGUAGCCUUAUCCCCCAUGUCUUUACAUGUUGCUCUCGUCGUCACUGGAACAAGGGACUAAUGUAUUGGCGGGAUAAUGAACCACUCACGUGGAAGGUGAAGCAAAAGUUUCGAGACGGGGCCUAA